CAAUCUCAAAACCCAAAAUUUACAUCUAAAAUCCGAAACCCAGAAUUUGAUUUUGCUUGAAAACCCAACAAAAUUGCAAUGUCAGCCGAUUCAUCCAGCGACGACAAUCACCCGUGCUACAGAACCGCGACGGCGGAGGAAUCCUGCGAGUCUUCGAUUUUCGCCGACAGCUUCCGCUCCCUAGACUUGCCGCCGGGUUACCUUCACAUGAAAUCCAGCAGCAUCCUGGCCUCCCCACGCGUCCGCAGCGCGCGGGUGUACACCAAUUCCGUCGACGAAUUCGAGCCAUCUUCCUCCAUCAGCUGCCGCUUCUACGACGACUUCAGCUUCGUCGACAAUUCCGAUUGCGAGACGGGAUCCGAAACCCACCUCCUGAUCGACCGGAGCCGGCAGCAGGUUCCGGCGGCGCUGAAUUUGAAGCCUCCGCCGGCUCGGAAUUCGUCCGGGGAGAUAAAGGGGGCGAGGUCGCUGACUCCGUCGCGGCGUAGGAGGUCGCACUUCCACGUCCACCGGCGGAGCCUCUGGAACGACGAUUUCGACCCUUUCGUCGCCGCCUUGAAAACUGUGAGGAAGGACGUCGGGGAGAAAUCCGGCGGCGCGAGGGCGGGGAGUCACAGACGGGCCUGGUCCGACUCGCUGCGACAUGUUGGGCCUGGGCCGGGGCCCAUGAAGAAUGGUCUAAAUGAUCCGGAAGCGAUGAAGGCUGAGCGGAGUCUGAGGUGGAUGAAGAGCAUGCCGAGGGCGAGGGCCCGAAGCCCAAGCCCGGUGCCGAGCCCGCCGGCCCAAAUGAAGUCGCCGCAGCCCAAGGGGGUUAUGUACGCGAGACACACGAGGAUGGUGAAAAUGGACCGGGAAGAAGACGAGGGAGGGAGAGGGAUUAUGGAUGCGGCGUCGUGUGGGUGCGGGAGCAAGAGGGAGAUUAUGAAGCAUUUGGUGGUAUCGAUGAAGGGAAGGCCGCCGGCGGCGGCGGAGGAAGAAGCUGUGGCGGAGGCGGCGGAGGCGGCGGCGGAGGAGGCAGAGGAGAAGAAGAACGAAGAGGACCGACCGCCGAAGCUUUCGAGGAGGAAGAGACUGAUGAGGAAGUUGAGCUUCAAUAGGGGUCGAAACGGCGACGUGGAAGGGGAGAAACGUGCGUCGGAGGGAAGGAAAAUUGUGCAGUCGAAGAGUGGUCUGCUAGGUUGCGUGGGUAUCAAGAACAAGAUUUACGCAGGUUGCUGAAAUGUUUUUUCCCCCACUCCUCUCUCUCUUAACAGUUCUUUCAAUAUUCAUUUUGUACAGCUAAAUUUAUUUCGUGUGAGAAGUUGUUACUCUACAAUUUGCGGGUUAAUCACUGACUUAUAGUGACUUGAUUUUUAUUUGUAACUGUAAGUCAAUUUAUUUCAAUUUUUUUAAUAUCUCUCGGCAAUGGUUUGAACAUAGAAUGUGAUUGAAUAUUCAUAUUCCUACAUUAUUAUUGUGCAUUGGUUCAAUCUUACAAGAUUUUUACCAAGUUUUUUACUUCGUUUUUAUCUAUUUUUCAGUAUUUGUAAGUUGUGAUUGUGUAUUUUUUUUUCCUUGUUGGGAAUGGUACUACUAAAAAUGUAAAGUUUCAUUUAUUCUAAUCAACGAUUGUAAUGCGC